GGGGCGGGCCCGGACCGUUGGACCACGCCUCCGCCGCCGAGCCUCCGGGCCGUGUGGGUCCCGGGCCCAGCGGGACCGGGAGGCUGGCGCUCCGACCCUCUGGUGUCGGCCGGAACCCCAAGCGCGCGGCCCCAGUUUCCGGUCGGCCGAGGCGCUCGGAGCCCCGAGCCCACGGAAGCGCGGCCGGACCGGAGAUGGGAUGGCGCCGCCCUCGGGCCCGGGCCCGGCCGCCGUGCUGCUGGCGGUGCAGGCCACGGUAAGGCCGCUGGGCGCGGGCCCGGACGCCGAGGCGCAGCUGCGGAGGCUGCAGCUGAGCGCGGACCCAGAGCGGCCCGGGCGUCUCCGGCUGCAGCUGCUGGGCGCGGGCCCCGGGGCGGGCGGUUCGGAGUGGCCCUUGGAGUCCGUCUCCUACACGGUCCGAGGCCCCAGCCGGCAUGAGCUGCAGCCUCCGCCGGGAGGGCCCGGCGCCCUGAGCCUGCACUUCCUCGACGCCCGGGACGCUCGGCGCUGGGCCGCCCUGGUCCGACGGGCCGCCAUGGAGGGACGCGAUGGCAGCCUGCCCCAAGCCCUGGGCCCAGACACAUGCCCUGUGUCCCCACCCAGCCCCCCCGAAGUGCCCACACUCCAGACCCCACAACCCAAGGUGGAUCUUUGCUGGAGCCCUGGAGACUCUCCGGAGAAAGAGGAGCUGGUGGGGCGCCUGGCCCGGGCCAUCGAGGACGGAGAUGAGAAGGGGGCAGCCCAGGCAGCAGCCCUGCUGGCCCAGCAUCACGUGGCCCUCAGCGUCCGGCUCCGGGAGGCCUGCUUCCCUCCUGGCCCCAUCAGGCUACAGGUCACAGUUGAAGAUGCUGCGUCCUCUGCCCACGUGUCCCUGCAAGUUCACCCCCAUUGCACCAUCGCAACUCUCCAGGAGCAGGUGUUCUCGGAGUUUGGCUUCCCGCCAGCUGUGCAGCGCUGGGUCAUCGGGCAGUGCCUGUGUGUGCCCGAGCGCAGCCUUGCUUCGUAUGGGGUCCGGCGGGAUGGGGAUCCUGCUUUCCUCUAUCUGCUCUCAGCGCCCGGAGAGGCCUCAGGACGCAGCCCUCUGGGCCCCCAGAAGACAGAUGGGGAACUAAGUCGCCUGUUUCCGCAGUCACUGGGGCUGCCCAGAGCGCCUCAGCCAGCCAGCCUCCCCAGCCCCCUUCAGCCUGGCUGGUCCUGCCCUUCCUGCACAUUCAUCAAUGCCCCCAGCCGACCCGGCUGUGAGAUGUGCAGCACCCAGAAGCCCUGCAGUUGGGACCCCCUUCCUGCAGCCUCCACCCACCAGCCGCCAAAGGUCUCGAAGAGAGAGGAUGGCCUGAUCCCUCCGGGCCCGAGGUCCCUGGAGCCUGUCCUGAAACUCUCAGGCGACUUUUGCUGACUGCUCACCAGCAUCAGGCCAGGGUUGUGGAGGGCUGCAAUCUGGAGUCAUUAAAGACACUUCUGAGCCAA